AACUUUAACAACGAUGGCAGCAAAUCCCAGAGUUUAUUUUGAGGUUUCACUUGGUAAGAAGUUGCCGGAUACCGCGUAUGCCGUAAAUGUAUUGGAUACAUCCAAGCCGAUAAGGAAACUUGGUCGUAUCGUCUUCGAGCUAAGAGCUGACGUCGUACCAAAGACAGCCGAAAACUUUAGAGCUUUAUGCACCGGAGAAAAGGGUUUUGUACCCGGUACUGAAACUCCGUACUCUUUUAAAAACAGCUGUUUCCAUCGAAUUAUUCCCCAAUUUAUGAUUCAAGGGGGAGACUUUACCAAAAGAGACGGAACUGGCGGAGUAUCCAUUUAUUCUAAAAAGUUUGAUGAUGAAAAUUUCCGAUUGAAGCAUACCGGACCUGGUGUUCUUUCCAUGGCUAAUUCUGGAACAAACACUAACGGAUCGCAGUUCUUUAUUUGCACUGUUAAGACAAGUUGGUUGGAUGGCAAGCAUGUAGUCUUUGGAAAUGUUGUUGAAGGUAUGGAUGUUGUGUAUGAUGUCGAAAAAUUUGGCUCACAGGGUGGAUCGCUUCCAGAUAACAACUUGGUUUUUAUUUCCGACUGCAAUGAACAGAAAUAA